AUGGACAGAACACCUCAAUCCAUCCUCUUCCUGCUGCUACUCAUCUUCAGUCCUAGUGCAGCUCAGAACACCAUCGGAAGCAGCCCAAACAAAUUCCAUGUUGGUGUGAUCCUUGACUUGGGUUCACCGGUGGGGAAAGUAGGUCGGACAAGCGUGUCACUUGCCUUGGAAGAUUUCUACGCAUCCCACCGCAAUUGCAGCACGAAGGUGGUUCUCCAUUUCAAGGAUUCGGCAGGCAAUGAUGUCCAAGCUGCUUCAGCAGCUAUUGAAUUACUGGAGACAUACAAAGUGCAAGCCAUCAUUGGUCCCCAGAAAUCAUCAGAAGCUGUGUUUAUAUCCAACCUUGGGAAUACAACACAAGUACCUAUUGUAUCCUUCACUGCAACAAGUCCCUCACUUACUUCAGAUAUUAUGCCGUAUUUUGUGCGUGCAACAUUGAAUGACUCAGUUCAAGUGAAUAGUAUUGCCUCUCUUAUCAAAGCCUAUGGAUGGAGAGAGGUGGUUCCAGUAUAUGAUGAUACCGACUAUGGGAGGGGCAUUCUACCACACCUCAUUGACGCCCUUCAACAAAUAGAUGCUCAUAUUCCAUAUCGUAGUGUUAUCUCCUUGUCAGCAACAAGUGAAAACAUUAUGCAAGAGCUCUUCAAGCUAAAGACAAUGCAAACAAGGGUAUUCAUUGUUCAUAUGUCAUCGACCAGGGCCUCCCUUCUCUUCACAAAAGCCAAGGAGGCAGGGAUGAUGACCAAAGGAUUUGUGUGGAUCAUUACAAAUGGAUUAGCAAAUAUCAUUGAUUCACUCAAUCCAUCUAUCAUCGAGGCGAUGAAUGGGGUAAUAGGAGUAAGAUUUCAUGUCCCCAGAUCAAAAGAACUUGAAAGUUUUUCCAUAAGAUGGAACAGAAUGUACCAACAAGACAACCCAACCGAAUCACCAUUUAAUAAACUAAGCAUUUUCGGGCUAUGGGGAUAUGAUACAGUUUGGGCAUUAGCACAAGCGGCAGAAAAGAUUGGGGUAUUAAUUAACAAAAAUAAGAGACUGCAGUUCAGUAAAAAUUCUACAUGCUUGGAGUCAUUGGCUGUUUCUAGAUUUGGACCAGAGCUCCUAACAGCAAUUGUACAGAACAAAUUCAGAGGCUUAAGUGGAAAUUUCGACCUUACAGACAGACAGCUGCAAGUGUCUGCAUUGCAAAUAAUAAAUGUGGUUGGGAGGAGUUGGAGACAUAUUGGAUUUUGGACUUUGAAAAAUGGUUUUCCAUACCAGUUAAAUCAAAAUGGUUUGAAAUUAACAAUGCCAGCCUCAAUGCAACAUCUAAAUCCAGUGAUUUGGCCAGGAGAAUCAACAGAAGUACCAAGGGGUUGGGAACUUCCUGCAAGUGCUAACAAGAUUAGGGUUGGUGUGCACACAAGUGCAUAUCCAGAGUUUAUAAAAACAUCAAAGGAUCCUGUCACGAAUGCAACAAGAGCGAGUGGACUCUCAAUAAACAUAUUUGAGGAGGCAGUAAAGAGACUGCCUUUUGCACUUCCUUACGAGUACCAAGCAUUUGAUACCGUUGAUACACAAAGUACAGGGAGCUAUAAUGAUUUUGUUUACCAAGUUUAUCUUCAGAGAUAUGACAUGGCAAUUGGAGACAUAACAAUCAGAUAUAACAGAACGAUGUAUGUCGACUUCACUAUACCAUACACAGAAUCAGGAGUGGCGAUGAUUGUCCCAGUCAAGGAAAAAGUCAACAAUAACAUGUGGAUUUUCUUGAAACCACUAACCAAAGAAAUGUGGUUUGGAAGCAUAAUGUUCUUUAUAUAUACUGGAAUUGUUGUCUGGCUGUUAGAGCGACUAAGUGGCAAUGGAUAUCUAAAUGGUCCCUUUUCACUCAAACAACUUGGGAUUGUGAUGUUUUUCUCCAUAUUCGAAGAGAAGGAGAAGCUGGAAUGUUUUUUGUCUAGAAUACUUCUACUUGUAUGGAUGUUUGUUCUUCUGGUGCUAGCAUCAAGUUAUACUGCAAGCUUCGCAUCAAUGCUUCUUGUACAGCAGCUUUCACCAACGGUCACUGACAUUCAUGAACUCCAAAAGCAAGGAGCGUAUGUAGGGUUCCACCGAGGUUCCUACAUAGAGGGCCUGUUGGAAGAUAUCGGUUUUGAAAAAUCAAAAAUAAGACCCUAUGAUACUCCUGAUGACUUCCACAUUGCUCUUUCUAAUGAAGGCAGACAUGGUGGUGUUGCUGCCCUCGUUCUGGAAGUCCCAUACAUCAAAUUGUUUCUCGCCAAAUACUGCAACGGUUACACAAUGGUUGGACCUAUAUACAAAAGUGCUGGCUUUGCAUUUGCACUUCCUAAGCGAUCUCCGCUACUUACUGAAAUAUCAAGGGCAAUCCUCAACAUAACAGAAGGAGAUAGCAUCAUUCAAAUCGAGAAGAAAUGGAUUGAUCAAAACAGUUGCCAAAAUGAGGAAGAAGUUGCUGAUUCAGUCUUGCUGAGGAACCAGUACAAAAAAGGUCAACGGAUCAACACAGAUUAUCAGAAUGAACAAGGACAUGGGCCACAAGAAGAAAAUGGGCACAUUCAAGACGGAGAUCAAAACAAUGAAGAAAAUGGAGGCAAGUAUGCCACCGCGUGGUGCGAUGCAACUAUGCAACCUUCAGGGAGCGGUGCAUCACAUUGCUGGACUCCUGGAAUCAACUGGUACACCUAG